CAGGAUUCUCCAGGGGCGUCCCCUGCUCCAGACGAGGUGCACUGAGAGGUGGCUGGUACCAGGAAGACAGCAGUCCCAGCCUCCCUUGAAGUUAGGUUAGAGCAUGUGACUAAUUCCGGCCACUGGUCCAUUUAAGAGCCGGCACGACACUCCUGUGCUGUCCGUUCGACUCAGUGAUGGGCCAUCGUGGAGGCACAAAACGGAAGCCAUGUGAAUCACAGAGUCACCUGACUCAGAACAGACUUCUCAUCAGCGAAACAAGAAACCCUCGCGCUCGGCCAUGGAAAUGUCUGGGUUCAUCACCGCGGCUGAGCUGAGCCCUCCUGACUCAGACAGUAGGUACAGGUCCAGGGAAAAGGCCACUACAUACGCCCGGGAAAUGUGAGGCCCAUGCUGGACUGUCUGCCUUUAGCAGGAUCGGAAGCUGGUGCUCUCAGACGACGCAAGGGCGCGGAGAAGAGGGAUUCUCUACCUGCUGCUCUGACUUUCCCCACCAACAACUACCGUGUUUGGCCUUGAUGGUUACCUGGAAUGGCUUACCUGGAUGGUUACCGUGCUGGGGCGACACCUGAUGCGAUGUAGGCUGAACGCAACUAGGGAAGGGUGUAUAUUUUAACAGAGUUUAAAACAAGAGGUAAUGGACUGAAAGUGAGGUUAGUCUGAAGUCGCAGCUGGGACAGGAAGCACGUGACUCCUGAGAGGGGAGUUUGGGCCAAAGCCUGAUUAUACUUGCUGAACGGGUGGCAGCCCUGCCACAAGCGGCAUCUGGAAGCUGGACCCCUGGCCACCCUCCUUCCCCAUCGCAGCCACGCCCUUUAGCAGAUGACAGGCGGUUCUCGGCUGUUCCCUGCGAGCCCGUGGACGCCACUCGAGAUGUCCCCGUUUGGUGGCUGGGGACUGCUCUCGGCCUUUCUCGCCCUGCUCUGCUGCACAGGGUCUGGCGAGGAGGCGUUCGAGGUACGCAUGUGGCCAGAGCAGCUGAUGGUGGAGUCCGGGGAGUCUCAGGUGAUUAACUGUAGUACCACCUGUACGCAGCCCAGCGCCGGUGGUCUGGAGACCACCCUACACAAGACUCUCCUGGAGGAACAGGCUCAGUGGAAGCUGUAUGAGGUCUUCAACGUCUCCCAGGACACAGAUGUCAUUUGCCAUUUCACCUGCUCCGGGAAGCAGGAGUCCAGGAGUCUGAACAUCAGUGUGUUCUACCCUCCAAAGCAAGUGCUGCUGAAGUUAUGGCCCACUUUAGUGGCUGUAGGGAGAUCAUUCACCAUCCAGUGCAGAGUGCCCUCUGUGGCACCCCUCGAAGGUCUCACUGUCACCCUGCUCCGUGGCAGUGAGAUCAUAUACAACCAGACCUUUGUGGGGACAACACUUUCCCCCCAAGAGGCCAUGGUCACCCACAACACCACGGCUCACAGGGAAGACGACCGCCACAACUUCUCCUGCAGGGCCGAGAUGGACCUGCGCUCUCGCGGCGGGGACCUCGUUCACAGCGUCUCAGAUCCCCAGGCGCUCGACGUCUAUGAGCCUGCACAGGACAACCAGACGGUCAUCAUCAUCACGGUCGUGUCAGUGCUGCUCUUCUUGUUUGUGACAUCUGUCCUGCUGUGCUUUGUCUUUGGCCAGCAGUGGCACCAGAGGCGGACAGGUACCUACGGGGUGCAAGCUGCUUGGAGGAGGCUGAGGUGGGCCUACCGGGCAUAGCCUAUGUGAGCGGCGUGGCCACCAGCAUGGCGGCCACUGGAACUCAGCACGGCUCCUUAGGGUUGUGGUUCAGCCCUGGCUGAAGGCCCGUGCCAAGCAGCAGAGGACUUCAGGGACCCUGCCUUUUCUAGUCUGAAUACAAACACCUGGACUUAA